UUCCGAUAGUGCGCGGCCGCGCGGACCGACCGACCAAACCAACCGACGGAGCCAAGUCGAAGAAAGCCACUUCCUCCAGGCCGGCUCUCGUCGUGCCCCCGACGGACUACCGCACCGCUUACGCCACGUCGACUCGAGAAAACAACAACAAAACUAUCCGAAGAACAAACAGUCGCUUUCCGCUCGGAGUUGACGACGGGGCGGCCAUGCUGGACCCGUCCUCCAGCGAAGACACCGGCGGGGAGUCCGACACGGAAGUUGCCCGGGAGGCCUCCGGGAAAGCGGGCGGCUCCUCGGCGGCCAAGAGCCGAGCGGGCGACCGGCAGCGACAGCAGACACCGCCGCAGGAGCAGCGACCGCCCUCCGCCGCCGCCGUCGCCGCCGGCCAAAGUGCUCGCCACCGCCGCGACGGCUCCGCGGGUGAGGAAGAGGAGAGGCGAGAACGCGAGCGACUACAGCGGGAGGAAGAGGAACACAAAGUCAAGUUGCAGAUUUACGUCUUCGUCCUGCGGUGCAUCGCUUACCCGUUUAACGCCAAGCAGCCCACCGACAUGGCCCGGCGGCAGCAGAAGGUGAACAAGCAGCAGCUCCAGGUGGUCAAGGAGCGUUUCCUGGCCUUCCUCAACGGGGAAACUCAGAUUAUCGCCGACGAAGCCUUCUGCAACGCCGUCAGGAGCUACUAUGAGGGUUUCCUGAAGAGCGAGCGCGUGUGCCGCAUGGUGCAGAGCGGCAGCUGCUCGGCCAGCGACUUCCGCGAGGUCUUCAAGAAGAACAUCGAGCGUCGCGUGCGCAGCCUCCCCGAAAUCGACGGCUUGAGCAAAGAGACGGUGCUGACCUCCUGGAUCGCCAAGUACGACGCCAUCUACAGGGGCGACGAGGACGUGCGGCGGCAGCCCCAGCGGGCUCACCUCGGCGCCGUGUCCGAGCUGAUCCUCAGCAAGGAGCAACUCUACGAGAUGUUCCAGCACAUCCUCGGCGUCAGGAAGUUUGAGCACCAGCUGCUCUACAACGCCUGCCAGCUGGACAACGUGGACGAGCAGGCGGCGCAGAUUCGCCGAGAGCUGGACGGACGAUUGCAGCUGGUGGAGCGAAUCGCCAGGGAGAGGAGAUGGCCGGAGUUGGCGUCGCCCGACAUGGGCGCCCUCUACGCCGAGGAGCUGCGCUCGUCCAUUAACCUGCUGAUGGCCAACCUGGAGAGCCUCCCCGUGUCCAAAGGCGGACCCGACUUCAAGCAGAAGCUCAAGCGCUCCUCCGUCAACAACUCCUUCCUGGACCUCGGCGACGAAGUCGAAGUGUUGUCCAAAUCCGACGUGUUGCUCUCCUUCACGCUGGAGGUGGUGAUCGUGGAGGUCCAGGGGCUGAAGUCGGUGGCUCCCAACAAGAUCGUGUACUGCACCAUGGAAGUGGAAGGAGGCGAGAAACUGCAGACGGACCAGGCGGAGGCCUCCAGACCGCAGUGGGCGACGCAGGGCGACUUCUGCACGACGCACCCUCUGCCCUCCGUCAAAGUCAAACUUUUCAUGGAGAGCACUGGCGUUCUGGCCCUGGAAGACAAGGAGCUGGGUCGAGUGGUCCUGCGCCCCACCACCAACGGGCCCAAGCAGGCCGAGUUCCACCGCAUGGUGGUCCCCAAGAACAGCCAGGACACGGAGCUGAAGAUCAAACUGGCCGUGCGCAUGGACAAACCGCCCAACAUGAAGCACAGCGGGUAUUUGUACGCGCUGGGACAUCGCGUGUGGAAAUGCUGGAAAAGGAGGUACUUUGUUCUGGUGCAGGUGAGCCAGUACACGUUCGCCAUGUGCAGCUACCGAGAGAAGAAGGCCGAACCUCGGGAGCUGAUGCAGCUGGAAGGCUACACGGUGGACUACUGCCACCCGCAGCCAGGCCUGCAGGGGGGCCGCGUGUUCUUCAACGCGGUGCGCGAGGGCGACCUGGUGGUGUUUGCCUGCGACGACGAGCAGGACCGCCUCCUGUGGGUGCAGGCCGCGUACCGCGCCACCGGGCAGUCCUACAAGCCCGCGCCGCCCCCCCAAAGCAAGAACGCCAACAGCUGCGGGCCCGCCGCCAGACGCCAGCCCGCCUCGCCCACCGCCGGUCUGGAUCCGUGCGAGCGGCAGGGCGUGGAGGAGCCGGCGGCGGCGGCCCCGUGUCGUUUCGACCACGCGCGCCUCUUCGCCGUUUUGCAGAAGCAAACGCUGCAGCACCGCAUGAACGACUCCUUCUCCUGCCUGGGUUGGUUCAGUCCGGGUCAGGUGUUCGUUCUGGACGAGUACUGCGCCCGCUACGGCGUUCGCGGCUGCCAGCGUCACCUGAGCUACUUGAAGGACCUGAUGGACUUCUCUGAGGACAACACCAUGGUGGACCCGAAGCUGCUGCACUACAGCUACGCCUUCUGCGCCUCGCACGUACACGGAAACAGACCUGACGGGAUGGGGACGGUGACGCUGCAGGAGAAGGAACAGUUCCAGGCCGUCAGGAGUCGACUCGUGCUGCUGCUGGAGAACCACAUUACGCACUUCAGGUACUGCUUCCCUUUCGGACGACCAGAUGGCGCGCUGAAGGCCACGCUCUCCCUGCAGGAGCGGGUUCUAAUGAAGGACAUGACCACGCCGGUUCCGACGGAGGAGAUGAAGAAGGUGGUGCAGAGGUGUCUGGAAAAAGCAGCGGGGAUCAGCUACAGCCAGCUAAUCGAGUACGCUAACAUGAAGGCGGAGCCCGAAGUGGACGCGGAAAAGAGGCUGGACGACGCCGUGCUGCUGGCCGAGCUCGUCAUUGAAGUCCUGCAACAGAACGAAGAACAUCAUGGGGAGGCGUUUUCGCCGUGGGCCGAGUUGAUGUGCGAGCACGCCGAGUGCUUCCUGUCCCUGUACCGCGUGGACAUGGACUCGUCCCUGCAGGUGCAGCCGGCGGACUCGUGGAGCAGCUUCCCGCUCUUCCAGCUGCUCAACGGAUUCCUCAGCGCAGACCCCCGGCUGCGCAACGGGCCCUUCCACAAGCACCUGCAGGAGCUUUUCGUCCCUCUGGUGGUGCGCUACAUCGACCUGAUGGAGUCGUCCGUGGCGCAGUCCGUCCACCGCGGAUUCCAGCAGGAGACCUGGCAGUCCGUCAAAAACGGCUCGGCCACGUCGGAGGAUCUCUUCUGGAAGCUGAGCGCGCUUCAGAUGUUCGUGUCGGACCUCGACUGGCCCGAGGCCGAGUUCGCCGAGCACCUGGAGCGGCGACUCAAGCUGAUGGCCAGCGACAUGACGGAGGCCUGCGUCAAGAGGACCAAAUGCGCCUUCGACGGCAAAAUGCAGAAAGCCAACAAGUCGACGGACCUCCGCGUGCCGCCGUGCGUGUGUACCAUGUUGAACGUCCUCGCGGACGCCAAGAGGCGGUGCUCCGAACUCUGCGUGCUGGACAGCAGCCAGGAGACGGACAAACAAUGGCAACAUUACCACUCCAAAGUCGACGUGCUCAUCGACGACGCCUUCAAGGACAUGAUUUCUACGCUCGUAUCGAAGUUGUGUGCGGCGUUGGACACGGUUCUGUCCAAGCUGUCGAGAUACGACGAAGGAACGUUCUUCUCUUCCAUCCUCUCCUUCACGGUGACGGCAGCUGCCAAAUAUGUCGAAGUUCCCAAAUCGGGUGUGGACCUGGCCGACACCUACAUCACGUUCGUGCGUCAGAACCAAGACGUCCUCCGCGAGCGCAUCGACGACGAACUCUACGUCGAGAAAGUCUUUGACCAAUGGUACAGCGUGUCCACGAAGGCGGUGUGCGUGUGGUUGGCGGACCGACUGGACCUCCAGCUGCACCUGUACCAGCUCAAGACCCUCAUCAAGAUCGUCAAGGUAACCUGGACGCCGAAGAGCUACCGCGACUUCCGCCUUCAGGGCGUGCUGGACGCCACGCUCAACAACAACAGCUACGAAACGAUCUACAAGCGCCUGACGGUGGAGGAGGCCACGCUGGCCGUCAAGGCGGGGGGCGGCCUGGACGGCGUCAGCAUGCGGGACAGCGACCAGGACGACGACUGAGUCGGAGUCACCUUAAAACGUCGGGCGUCGCGUGAGCGAAGAAAUCAAAGGCCGCGAGCUAAGCUAAUGUAGCAUUCGUGUUGUUCUAGUGCCGCUAAUGUUAGCCAACCAAAGGAGGCGGUCGGUACGUACGGUGGAUAUAAAAAGUCGGCACGCCCGUCGUCAAAUGCCAGCUUUUUUGUGAUGUAAAAAAAAUGAGACGACGUGUUUGUCAAGAAAAGCCUACUAGAACAUCUAAAGCUAAUUCGGGGUGAUGCUAUUUGUGUUUUUUGCACAUCGUUGAAUGCUUUUUAUUGUCAUUGAAGUUGUUUCAGAACGCGGGGGGGAAAUGGACGGAUGAUGAUGAUGAUAUAUUCUGCUUCCGAGCGUGUCACGUGUUGUCGAAUAAAAAUGUUUUUCAAGCA